AGUAGCUUGGGUUUUUCUAUUUCAAUAAACCGCUAGGAAAUACUAUACAGAAGUACUUGUAUCUGCAGUUAUAACUUACAAUUUACAAUCUGUAGUACUUAUACUAUAGAACGUUUAGAUGUUGCCAGCAUUGCAAUACAAAACUCUUCCUAAAAACCAAAUAGAAUCAAAUGUACCUGGAUUUCUCAUUAAACUUUGGAAACUAGUUGAUGAUCCUAGCUGCGAUGACUUAAUUACCUGGAGUGAGGAUGGAAUGAGCUUCAUCAUAAUUGACCAGGCACAGUUUGCUAAGGAUCUCUUACCAAAGUAUUUUAAACACAACAAUAUGGCAAGCUUUGUUCGGCAGCUGAACAUGUAUGGAUUUAGAAAGAGAACAAGUCUGAAGCAUGGUAGCCUACGAGCAGAAAAAGAUGAGCUAGAAUUUUAUCACAGAUUUUUUCUCAGGGAACAGGAAGAUUUGCUUGAAAAAAUAAAAAGAAAGACAACAACAUCUAAAGCUUUUGACAGUACUCAAGAAAUGACUAAGAUUCUACAAGAAGUUUUGUUUGAUGUGAAAAAUAUCCAUGGGAAACAAGAUAACAUGAAUUCACUGCUCUCAAAAAUGAAGAAGGAAAAUGAGUUCUUAUGGAAAGAAGUGGCUGUUCUGAGAGAAAAACACCUAAGGCAACAACAAAUUGUAGAUAAGCUGAUUCGGUUCUUAGUUACUUUGGUUAAGACAAAUGGAGUCCCUGGAAUUAAACGAAGCCUUCCUCAGGUGUUAAGUAAUGAAACUCCCAGCAAAACACCUAGAUAUUCCAAAGAUUUUACCAAUGGAGAACCAAGCAGGUCUAAAAACAGUACUUUGACAAUACGUGAUGUCACCGAUUUCCUCGACGGAGGAGUUGUCAGUCAAGACCCUCAUCCUAUUGUUACUUCUCCUGAGACCAUUUCUCCAGAUAAUGUGACCUCACCUGAUGAAACAGUAUGUUUUUCUCCAGAUAACCUUGAGACUUUAACUAACUGUGAUUCAGUGGAUCCCAAAUCAAUUCAAGGAGCUGAUACUAACUCUGAAGGUAUACUUGAACCUUACCUUUCUGAUGCCCAUUUAGAUAAACCUGAAUUAUUUGAUGCAAAUGAACCAGAACCAAGCACAUGUGCCAUCAGUUCUACACUAAAUACUCCAUCUCCACCUCAUGUUUCUUCUCCCGUUUCUUUACUUUCAAGUCCCGACAGUAUGGUUUGUUGUACUUCAUUACCAACCCCUGUCUGUGUGGAGUCGAAUAACAACAGCAAUCAACAUGAAGAUGGGGGUGUUGUACAAAGUGUCACAGAAAAAAAUAAGUCAUCUAACCAAGAGAAAGAGCUUCAGUUGUCAAUAUCUGAACCCGUGAAGUUGAGACAAAACUUCACUGACUACUUAGAAGAUAUUGAGACUGAACUUGAUUGGUUCCAAAAGAUACUGUCACAAGAUUCUUUGAAUAUUGAUGCAAGUAGACUAAAUGGGACCAUUAGAAAUCUUUUGAUGCAGAAUACAGAACAAGAUGCAAAUAACAGCAAGAGGCAGAAUAGCAAAGUAUUCAGUGAUGAUGCCAAGUCUACAAACACAAAACUGGAUUCAAAGAAGAAGAAUAAAGAUGUUUCAAAUGAGAUAAAAGGAAAUGAAUUGGUUCAGUACAACCCUGCACUCGUAGCUGGCAGUGACAGCUCAGACAACUUGAUUACUCUAUUGUAUAAUCUUUCUUCAGACACCACACCAGUAACUAGUAAUAGCUCUCAGACGUCUGAACAAUCUGCAGUCACAACGUUGGCCAACAAUGGAAAUCUUGACUUUCCCAUUGCCACUGAAGCUGACAUCAGUUUUCCUGAAGUUUCACUAAGCGAAAGUUUUACUGAAGUACCACCUUUGGGAAUCGAUUCCUUUCUUUAUGAUGGUGUCUUGUUUAGUGAUGAUGAAAGCUCAGUGUUGUAAAGUACAUCUAUGUUAUGUAUGACUCCCUCCUCCCAAUAAAAGAAAAAAAAAAUCCAAUGUAGGGUUUAGGUUAAUAUAAUAGUCUCACCCCAUCUUUCACUUUGUUAUAAUGUAAAAGAUCCUGUCACACUGUUGUUUUGAAAGGUUUUAUCUCGGGUAUAAAUGAUUAGGAGGUUUAUCAUAUUCCACAAAAGACCUCUGUAUUGCUAACAGUUUUAAAUACUUUCAUUAGAUAAAUCACAGCUGACAUUUAAAAGUUUUUGGUAAUAAGUAUAAAUAGUUUUUUUAUAGUGUUUCUGUAAUGCUCAGGCUUUCUGAUACUAAUAAAAUGGGUGUUGUUGUUGUUUUACUUUACAGAGAAAAAACUGAAAGAACUGAGGUGGUGAGAUUGUAAAUUUGAUUUAUAACAAUACUAAAUGUAGCAGUGAUGAACUAAUGUAAAUAACAAGUUAAUUGAGGUGUGAUACUCUCACCGUAGAAGUGCAGGAAAAGUUUAAUAAAGAAUUAAACUCUCUGAA